UCAAAUGUUCUGACUGGGGUUUGGCUAGUAGGUGGAGCAACUACUACCUUCUAUACUCCUCAUUGGUGAAUUAUAGUUGCAUGAAGCUUUUUAACAAGUUUUUAUCUCAAGAUCAAGUAUAAUCUGUGUUGGAAUUGCUGCCCUGUGAAUUCCAAACUCAGGGCAAAAGUAGGGUAAAGGCAGCUACAAAAUAGAAGACAAAACUGUAGGAAAGAAACAAAAUCAGAAGGAGCUGCAGAUGGUGUAAUUUUUUUUAAGAAGGAAUUCCUGCAUUUUUGCUCCUGUGCACUGAACAAUAAAUUGUUGCUUUUAAUAAUUUUCCAGCAGAAAAGAAACCCGUAUUUGAGGCAUUCAGACUACCAAACAGGAGGAAAAGCAUUGGCCUGAAAUAUGUAUCACUUGAUCUAUGAAAACAGGAAUUACAUUGCUGGAUGAUGGAAGAAAAAGCUUUCAAAAACCUGGGGAUAAAGAUGCAACAAAGCUACACCUGUGAUUCUGAAUUAAAAAGAAAAAAUGUCAGAAGACCACUAUGCUACAGCUUGCAAACCUCUGCGUGUUACAGUCUGACAAUAAUUUAGAUGUGCUGGUGAGCCCUACUUAAACUGACUUUCUUUUUAAUUCAAAAAAUUCUUCAAAACUACAGAUUGAAGAAUAAAUAAAUUAAGAAAUCUAUUUCAGGUGGCUGGGUGGGGAUGAGAAAUGAGGUUGUGAGAGAACCGUGAAGGAAAUACAGACACACGUGAAGGAGAAAGUGGAGUGGAAGUUGGAGUAUCUGAGGAACAAAAGAAGAAACUCAAGAAGAAAGCUGUUGGAAAGUAAGAGUAUGGCAAUGAUGAAGGAGAUUCUUCCAUCCAGAAAUCUCUUGCUCGUUGUCCUCAUUCCACUUCUGCUGCUUCCUCUGCCACUGUUAUAUUCCAGCAGUGAAGCCUCAUGUGCUUACGUGCUGAUUGUGACAGCUGUAUACUGGGUCUCUGAAGCAGUUCCUCUUGGUGCAGCAGCCUUAGUUCCUGCUUUCCUAUACCCACUUUUUGGAGUCAUGAAGUCCAGUGAGGUGGCUGCUGAAUACUUCAAGAAUACAACUUUGCUCCUCAUGGGUGUGAUUUGUGUGGCAGCUUCAGUAGAAAAGUGGAAUCUCCACAAGCGAAUUGCCCUGCGUAUGGUCAUGAUGGCUGGAGCAAAGCCAGGCAUGUUGCUUCUUUGCUUUAUGUGUUGCACCACGUUGCUCUCCAUGUGGCUUUCCAACACAUCCACCACAGCCAUGGUGAUGCCAAUCGUGGAGGCAGUGCUCCAGGAGCUAGUGAAUGCUGAGGAGGAGCAUGAGGUCAUCAGUACCGCAGGCAGCACCAUUAUUGAAGAAAACGAGGCAAUAGGUCUCAGCGAAAAGCAUGGCCAACCUUCACUGGAGCUUAUCUUCAUCAAUGAGAACACUACUACUACUGACUUCAGCUCCUUGAUGCAAUCAAAGAGUAUGAAUGGUGUGCACAUGAUCGCCAGUCCUAUUGGAACAAUGAAUUCUAAGAGCAGUGGGCAGCACUUACCUCAGGCUCAGAUACUCGUCCUGCCUCCUAAGCCCUCAGAACCGGGUCUGAGCACUAAGUACCGGUAUCAGACCAGACACGACCACAUGGUCUGUAAAUGCCUCUCACUGAGUAUCUCCUACGCAGCAACCAUUGGUGGACUGACAACCAUCAUAGGGACCUCCACUAGCCUCAUAUUCUUAGAGCACUUCAACAACCACUACCCAGAUGCUGAAGUGGUGAAUUUUGGAACCUGGUUUUUGUUCAGUUUCCCCAUCUCCCUCAUCAUGUUGGUCCUGACUUGGUUCUGGAUGCAUUGGUUGUUCUUGGGUUGCAAUUUUAAAGAGACUUGUUCUGUAAGCAAGAAGAAGAAGACCAAACGGGAAGAAAUGUCAGAGAGAAGAAUUCAAGAAGAAUAUAAGAAACUGGGAAAUGUUAGCUAUCCUGAAAUGGUAACUGGAUUUUUCUUCAUUCUGAUGACCUUGCUUUGGUUUACUCGUGAGCCUGGCUUUGUACCAGGAUGGUCAUCUUUUUUUGAGAAGAAAGGAUACCGAACUGAUGCCACUGUCUCUGUAUUUCUUGGUUUUCUCCUUUUCCUGAUUCCAGCAAAAAAGCCAUGUUUUGGAAGAAGGGAAAAAGGGGAUGGUGAAAAAUCAACAGACAUUAACACACUGGAUCCCAUCAUCACCUGGAAGGACUUCCAGAAGACCAUGCCCUGGGAGAUUGUAGUGUUAGUUGGAGGAGGUUAUGCCUUAGCAGCUGGAUGCAAGACCUCUGGCCUCUCUACAUGGAUUGGUCGGCAAAUGCUCUCCCUGAGCAGCCUUCCCUGCUGGGCUGUAACUCUGCUGGCCUGCAUUUUGGUGUCCCUGGUAACAGAGUUUGUUAGUAAUCCAGCAACAAUAACCAUCUUUCUGCCUAUUUUAUGUAGUAUGUCAGAAACCUUGCUUAUCAACCCUUUAUACACCCUGAUUCCUGUCACCAUGUGCAUCUCAUUCGCAGUGAUGCUGCCAGUGGGUAAUCCUCCAAAUGCCAUUGUCUUCAGUUAUGGGCACUGCCAGAUUAAAGAUAUGGUGAAAGCUGGCCUGGGUGUAAACCUGAUUGGCCUGGCUGUUGUCAUGGUGGCAAUAAAUACUUGGGGAAUUAGACUCUUCCAGCUGAACAGUUUUCCAGAAUGGGCAACCGUCAGCAACAUCACUAGGCAAACAUAAUAUCCAAUGAAAAAGAUAAGGCAAAGGAAAAGUGCAAGACCAAAGCAAGUUGAGACAAAAUAUUAAACUUACU